UCCCCGCAGACGCUUUGAUAAUCUCUGGUAAUCUCUCUCACUAGCAUUAGCUUUAGCCUGUAGCAGCCUGGCCAUCAUCAUCAGUGAGGAAACACAUGAGAGAGAAACGCUUAUUGUGUCGAUCUGAACGCGUGCGUGUGUGACAGAUGAGUAACUUCUAGAGAGAGCAGCUGAUCAUGUGAUGAUGAUGAUGAUGAUGAUCAACAGCUGCGUCCUCUGAUCUCUCUGAAGCGCUCGUGGAUUGAGCUGACUAUGACCUCCAGCCUAAAGCAGACCGGCGGGGAGACCGGCUUGCUCUCUGGCUCUAACGGACUGAAUGGGACGAAGCCGUCAGGAGUGGAGCAGAAGCGCGGCAGUCAUCUGUCCCGCGUGGCCCGGAUGGCGCUGGACGUUCAGGGCAAAUGCGCGGCGUACGUGUUAGCCCUGAGGCCGUGGAGCUUCAGCGCCUCCCUCAUCCCCGUGGCUCUGGGCAGCGCUCUGGCCUAUAAGCUGGAGGGCUCGGUGGACCUGCUCAUCCUCCUGGUGUGUGCCGUGGCCGUUUUGGUGGUCCACGGGGCGGGGAACUUGGUGAACACCUACUAUGACUUCUCGAAGGGAAUCGAUCAUAAGAAGAGCGACGACAGGACUUUGGUGGAUCAGAUCCUGAAGCCGCAGGACGUGGUGAUGUUCGGAGCGGCGCUGUACUCGGCAGGAUGUCUCUGUGCCACUCUGCUGUACUUCCUGUCCACCCUCAAACUAGAGCAUCUAGCUCUCAUUUAUUUCGGAGGACUGUCGAGCUCUUUUUUAUACACUGGAGGCAUCGGACUGAAGUACGUGGCUCUGGGGGACGUGGUCAUCCUCAUCACCUUCGGUCCCCUGGCGGUCAUGUUCGCUCACGCAGUGCAGGUGGGUUACCUGUCGGUGCUGCCGCUGGUGUACGCCGUGCCGCUGGCGCUCAACACCGAGGCCAUCCUGCACAGCAACAACACGCGAGACAUGGACUCGGACAAGCAGGCGGGCAUCGUCACGCUGGCCAUCCUGGUGGGGCCCACGCUCUCCUACGUCAUCUACAACCUGCUGCUGUUCGUGCCCUACCUGCUCUUCUGCAUCCUAGCCACGCGCUACACCAUCAGCAUGGCUCUGCCGCUGCUCACGCUGCCCAUGGCCUUCCCUCUGGAGAGGCAGUUCCGCUGCCAGUGCUACGCCAAGAUCCCUCAAAAGACUGCCAAGCUCAACCUGCUCAUGGGACUCUUCUAUGUUUUCGGGAUUAUUUUGGCACCGCAGGGUAGCUUGCCGCUAUUGUGAGAGAACUAUUGUUUUUUUCUUUUUAAAACUUUCUGUUAGUGCUGUCAAACGAUUAAUCGCAUGCAAAAUAAAAGUGUUUGUUUGCAUAAUAUAUGUGUGUGUACUGUGUAUAUUUGAAGAGUUUAUUUGCAAAAACAGGUAACUUUUUAAGUUUUUUUUAUUAUCAUGUUUUGAUUGUGUUAAUUAGCUGUAUUUGUUACUUAUUUUUUUUACCCAAUAAAGUGCAGUUUGGUUGAGAUUAAGUGGAAUAAGUAAUAUUCCAAUUAAUAUUCCAAUCUAAUUCUGAUCAAGCUAAUUCUGAAGGCACAAUGAAAAAACAUGAUUUUUGAAAAUUGUUAAGUUGUUUUGCAAAUGAACUCUUCAUUUUUGUAUGUAUAAAUACACACGCAUGCAUGUAUAUAUUUAAGAAAAAUGUUUAUAUAUUAAAUAUAUACUGUGUGUGUAUUUAUAUACAGUACACAUGCAUAUAUUAUGUAAAUAAAAAUGUUUAUUUUGGAUGCGAUUCAUCGUUUGACAGCACUACUUUCUGUUUGUUUUAAACACCUCUAGAUACUUUUGUAUUUAUAGCGGCGAUGCUAAUGGGAAGUGCAGAGAGUUUAAUUUAUUGUUGUUAAUUUAUGUUUUGGGAGUGGACGAGUGCCCAGCACAUCAGUAUUGUCAAAACAGACCGAUCUGGAAACGAAGAAGCCGAUUGUAUACAGUAUAUUUACAUAAUAUAUGGUUUACUAGUGAAUAAAGGUUUCUGAUAUAUAGGACUUUUCCCAUUUUUUUCAUGUUUUUAUAAACGUGGAUAAAUCAUUUUUUAAUGUUUUUGAUGUAUGUUUUAUAAAUCCAAAAUAUCAUCUUCCAUGUCAAAUCUCAAGUCCCUGUCUAAAACGACACACUAGUCCCAUGUUCAGCGUUUAAUCAUUCUUUAGUUAUAGUUGACUUCAAUGGGUUUUGCCAAAUGAAACACCUCCUGAUUCUGCAAGAACGGUGUAGUUGUAUAGAAAUGCUUCUCAGCAUUAAAAGACAUAUUUAAAUGCCACAUUUUCUUUCUAAAUAAAGAAUAUACUA